AUGCCCGCGCAUCCCGUCGCGACGAUCCGGAACCGGCGAGACGCGCGCGUGGCGAAGGCCUCCUCGGUCUACUCCAACCCGAGCCCGAGGCUGCGCGCGCGACCGGACCCGUGCGCGGGCCUCGACUUCGAACGCAUGGGCCCGGGACAUGGGUCCGGAACAUCGGGCGGGCCGUCCGCGAAGGAGCGCGCUCUCGUCGAGGACGCGCGCGUCGCCAAGGCGAACGUCGCGAGAUGCAAGGAGCGCAUCGCGACGCACGAGCGCACCAUCGCGUCGCAGCAGACGCUCAACGUCCGGCUCCGCGAGCGCGUCGACGCGCUCGAGUCCACCGUGGCACGAAUCCUGCCCAAGACGAGCCGCGAGACCGUGCUCGCGGAGCUCGAGAACGCGCGCGACGCGGCGGCGACGGUUAAAGAGGCUGAGCUCCGAGCCACGAGGGCGGGCGCCAGGCUCGAGGCGGAGGUCCGCGCCAGGGACGCCGAGCGCAGAAGGAUGAAGCACAGGGCGCUCGAGGUUGCGAGGGAGAGAGACGCCGUCGGGGUGAGGCACCACGCGACGCUCGUGAGGCUGAGGGACGUCGAGAACGAGGCGAGGUUCGCAUCCGCGGAGGUCCGGAGGCUCAAAGCCGAACUCGAUCGACCGAAGCCGCCCCGCGACGUCGUAGCCUCAGAUCGAUCACGCGCCCGUCCCGUCGAGGACAAAUCCGUGGACACACGAGACGAUCGGGCACACGAGACGACGAUCGGAGAGGACUAUGGGGAAGGCGCCGACGCCGUCGGAGGGCGCGUCGCGGCGAUUGGCGCGAACGUCCCCGCCAUCGCCGACUGGACGCCCGAGCCGGAGAGGGUGACCGUCGUGAUCGAGGUCCGCGAACCGCCGCCGCCGCCGCCGCCGCCGCCGCCGCGGGUGGUCGAAGAACGCGUCGUGCUCUGCAUCGUCGUCGUCGAUCCCGAACCGACGCCGCCGCCCGUUCCGUCCGUGGUGGAGUCCCUCGCCGUGGAUGCCGGAUGUCCAAAGCCGUCGGAUGUCGUCGAAGCCGGCGUCGAAGGCGGCGACGAGUCCGUGGUGACUGUGACGCUGACCGCGGAGCCGCCGCCGGCCGGGAGGACGCCCUCGAAGGUCGCGUCGAAGGUCGAGGCGCUGCGCAAGUCGAGGAGGUUCACGCGCUCGGGGCGGCACGUCGAGCGGCAGUUCAGCGCGACCACGAAGAUGAUGAGGAAGAGGCGCGAGUGA